AAUAGUGCUGUGAGGGCAGGGGGCAUUCGUUGGUGGUGGUGACGCUGGGGAGGCAGAGAUUGGUGUUACAUUGCUUUGGUGGGCACUGGUCAGUCUUGCCACACACACUCUCCUAAUAGUGAUCAGUGCAUAUUCCUGGCGGUGGUGGUGGUGUGAUUACAUUGUUUUGGCAGGGGCGCUCCAGGAGUGAUUGGUGUUACAUUGUUUUAGUCAGCACUGGCCAGUCUUGCCACACACUCUCCUAAUACCGAUCAGUGUUUGCAUAUUCCCGGCAGCUUCUUCCUCCAUCAAGCAGCACCAGAGAGACACAGCUACUUAAUUAAGAUAAGCAAUGGCGCACCUUGCUUCCCUCAAAAGCAUCAUACCAUGUAUAUCCAACAGACUCAUGUGCAAGGUGGUGGUUGCCCGAGUGGAGCUGGAUAUAGGGUACCUUGUGUUACGGCUGGAGGACAACACCGAAACUAAGGAUUUAUUCAGGAAGUUUCGAAUGAGCAACCUUAAAGAAGAGAUCUGCGACAACACUGUGGAGAUUGACGUGUGGCAGAUUCCCUCCCGGAAAGUGGACGUCCUGGUCAAGUGUGGAGCUGAUGCAUUGGUGCCAUCUUUCAGGCAAGGGGCAGUAGUGUACCUGGAUGAGGUGAAGUGCCGCGCUGUGCCGUUAGAAUCUGGUGCUGUGGCGUAUGAGCUGUACUCGAACUAUGAGAGUGGAAAUGAACUGCGUCUCAUUCCCUGUAAUGACUAUAAAUAUUGUGUAGAAGAAAGAGUGGACAAUGCAAUGUUUAUUGACGGCAGAGCGUUCAUGGGACGCACUGAGCUGUACAAGAUCCGUGGUGGCUUAUCUUUUGUCAUGAUUUGUGAGGUGGUGAAGGUCAGCCGAGAGGAGAGCAAGGGUCACAUGGUGUUGAGGGUGAGGGAUGCCACCAGAACCAAGAUCAUAACAAAGAAGUAUGACUUCGACAACCUCAGCCAAAGUAACGAAGAACCAAGUGUUGAUGAUGUUCACUCCAGGGAAGUAGAUGUGUUGGUCACCUCACCACCACAGAACCUCAGUGACUUGACUAACAAAAUUAUAAAAUUGGGAAUAGUGAGGUGUGACCAAGUGUCCCCCGGUGCCACUGACUGCAAAGUGAAACGAUUGUAUACCCUUAGUGUUGAAGCAUCCCUGCCUUCUCUUAUACUGAAUGUAUUGGAGGAGGACCUGCUGGUUUGCCAGAACCUAAGAAACAAACUCUACAACACUGAACACAAAAAGCAGAAGAGGAGGAAGAGGACGAGGGAUGAUGAAGCGACAGGAAGCCAGUCUUAAGGAUAUCUGGUGUCCUGAAGGCAUCCAAAAUCUUGCCAUGGAAAAAUGAAGUCCCAGUUAGAAGAUAAGACUGCAAAGUGAAGGAAAAGUGGAUUCCUAUUACUUGAGGAAAAUGUUAUUUUUGUUGCAUUUGAUACUUCAAGUGGAAAGAACUUAAGAAAGCAAAAGGAAGCUGAUUUAAUUUUGUAAAAGUAGUUUGUUUAUUUAUCAGGUAUAUAGGAUGAAGAGAGAAGAGAUGAAUAAGAGAUGAAUAAAGAUGUUAUUUUUGUUGCAUUUGAUACUGCAAGUGGAAAGAACUUAAGAAAGCAAAGGAAGCUGAUUUAAUUUUGUAAAAGUAGUUUGUUUAUUCAUCAGGUAUAUAGGUUGAGGAGAAAAGAGAUGAAUAAAGAUGUUAUUUUUGUUGCAUUUGAUACUGUAAGUGGAAAGAACUUAAGAAAGCAAAGGAAGCUGAUUUAAUUUUGUAAAAGUAGUUUGUUUAUUAGGUAUAUAGGAUGAAGAGAGAAGAGAUGAAUAAAGGAGUAAAAUUCUUAA